AUGGUCUUUGCCAUGCUGUCAUUGGCCUGGGCCGAUUCCAUCACCAAAGCCGUGAUGCCGUCUACCACGGCAUCCGCGACUGCUAGGACGGUCUUGGUCUCAGUCUCCAUGAUCUUGACACUGGCUGUCUUUAUCGCCGUGCAAGCCGUCCAGGUCGGCCUCCGCGCCUCGCUCACGGAUGGAUCGACACCAACGCAGCAGUCGAGAGCAAACACGUGGGCUGGCCGCCACAUUACCAUUUCUGGAUUCUUGGCCUAUUUCGCAGCAUAUAUGGGACCUACAAAAGAUGAGGCAGGUCCCGAAGGCACCGUCUUCGCACGCACUAGCAUUGUCACGACGAUUUACCUUGCCAUUACCGUUCUCAUUACAUGCUUGUAUAUCCCUGAUGACCAGACAACUACACUCGAGAUCCCCAGGACACAAAGAGUGGCGGGUAUGAGACUUAUACGGCGAGUUCUACUCGGGAAUUCUAGUCAAAUCAGAGGAAUUCUUCUCGUGCAAUUCUUUUCAUGGCUUGGGUGGUUUCCUCUGCUAUUCUAUACAGUGCCAUAUGUGAAGAGCUUGGAUCAAUCGUAUCAAACGACUAACACAAACUCUGGAGCGCUAGCUCCGCUGUCAUACUCUGCGGUCUCUAUGCUCAUGGCAUUCAUUUGGACCAGCCGGUCCUCCAGGGAUGGCACUGCAUUCAAGUUUAGCGCUUCGCUAUCCAUCAGCGACCGAGAUAUCUGGAUCGCAUCACACUGCAUCUUUGGCUGGUCAAUGCUCGGUACCUUCUUCAUCACUUCUGCCCUUGGCACUGUCUUGCUCUUCAGCGCAGUAGGUAUCAGCUGGGCCGUCACCUCUCGCGUGCCCUACUCACUCAUGGGUGAUGAAUUAUCUCGAGGGUCGUCAGAAUGGAGUGAAGACGAAUUCGACGACGUGUCGGACCAUCACGGUCUAGUGUAUGGGCUCCAUAACCUCGCCAUCUGUCUUCCACAAAUCUUGAUCAUGGCUUUGAUGGGCUUGGUGUGGCUAUUCACUCAAACAGACGAUAGCACUUCUGGUGUAGUGUGGUUCCUUCGGUUGGGCGGGCUGAGCGCGUUCGCUGCGGCGUACUUUGCAACGAAGCUGGCUGAAAAUCAGUCCAGUGUUGGAGAUCUCAUUGAGGUAGAACAGCAAAGAUAA